CUCCUCAUUGCCUUCCACCCACUCAGCUGCCUGUAGGUGGCUGCUCAUCACUCUGAGUGGGUAAAGUGGAUGGAAAGUAGCUAGGAGUUGGAGCUGGAGCCCAGUUCACUGGGGCAGGAGCUGUCUGGCUGCAGCUUCCCCACACCUGGAGCAGCACAACAGGGGCAGGAGGAGUUGCCACUGGAGGCAGAAGGAGCUGAGCAGCAGCAGGAGCAGUCCCACCAGGAAGCUGUGUGUGCUGGCCAAGGCUGGGGCCAGGGCUGGGGCAGUGCCAUUAGUAGGUUGGGUGCAGACAGGACCGUGGUACAGGCUGCCCCAAGUAGGAGCAGGAGGACACUAACGUUGGUGUAUCUGACUUCCCACUUGAUUCAGAGGAUCUUCCACAGGAAACGUUGAUGGUACUUCUCCAACAACUUUAGAUGUCUCCUGUACAUGAUCUAUGCCUCAGCUCCAUACAGCAAGACAUUCAUUUAUCGGGACCAUCUCAGAGCCUGGCAGAAGAAUUUGCUGAAGCUGCGAGGCAGCUUAAAAAAGAGAUCCCUAACGUCAGAUUUGGAAAAGUUGAUGUCUCAGACCAGAAAGAUCUGAAGAAAGAAUUCAAUAUCCAAGAAUUUCCAACUGUGAAAUUUUUUGUGAAUGGCGACAGGAAAAAUCCCAUCGAUUGUAAAGGAGUCAGAGAGGCCUCAGCUUUUAUCACAUGGGUGAAAAGAAGACUAGGACCCAGCACUGUGCACAUCAACAGCACCGAUCAGACUGAAGCAAUUAUAGAGGCGGAGGAGUUGGCAGUGAUUGGCUUUUUUAAGGAACUUCAUGGAGGAGCAGUGGAAAUUUUCUAUGAGACUGCAAGAGAUGUGCCAGAGCUGCCUUUUGGAGUGACGGCCACUGAAGAGGUGUUUGCUAGCUAUGGCAUCCGAAAGGACACUGCUGUUGUAUUCAGAAAGGGAAAACCGGUACAUAAUGAAGUGUUUGAAGACAGCAAGCAGAACAAAGUGGAACUUACCAGAUUAAUCAAAACCUUUACCAUGGAUUUGGUCAUAGAGUAUAAUCUUGAGACUUCUGUGAAGAUUUUUGAUGUCCCUGUUGAAAAUCACAUCCUGCUGUUCACCCCGAAGAACUCGGAGACAUUCAACAAGACUUAUGAAAAUUAUGAGUCUGCUGCUGUGGAAUUUCGAGGAAAGAUCAUGUUCAUCUUGGUGGAUACUAAUGAAACCAGAAACGGGCGUGUUUUUGAGUAUUUUCGCAUCACUGAGGUAGAUGUCCCCGCCGUGCGGAUCUUAAACCUGACGAGUGAUGCAAGGUACAAAAUGCCUGCAGAUGAGGUGACAGUGGAGAACCUAAGAAGCUUUUGCCAGAGCUAUCUAGCUGGAAAAGCAAAGCAACAUGUGUCUAGUGAGGAGAUUCCAGAAGACUGGGACAAGAAUCCUGUCAAGGUGCUCGUAGGGAAGAAUUUCAAUCAGGUUGCCUUUAAUAAGACAAAGAAUGUGUUUGUGAUGUUCUAUGCACCCUGGUCCCGUGAGUGCAGGAAACUCCUCCCAAUCUGGGAUGAGCUGGCUGAGGAGUAUGAAAAUCGCAAAGACAUAAUCAUUGCCAAAGUAGACUUCACAGCAAAUGACAUCCAGUUAAUUAUGCUAGAUCGCUAUCCAUUCUUUAGACUCUUUCCUGCUGGAUCGGAUAGCCAGGUUGUGGUGUAUGAUGGGGAACAUACUCUUGAGGCAUUUGCAGAAUUCUUAGAGGAGCGAAGCAAGCCAAAAGCAGAAGCAACAGGAAAGGAUCCUUCUCAAGAAAUCAAAGAAGAUCUUACCAAGGAAGAACUCUAACCGUGCAGUGAAGGGGAAGUUUCCAUGUCAUUAAAUUCUAAGGAUGAGUAUUCUCUACACAAGAAGAAUUUUGAUUGUGACAUAAGAGUAGAGCUGCAUCAAAAAUGAAAGAACAAGAACAAAUAAAAAAUACAAU